UCUGAAGGUUUGGUAUCGGAUGUUGCUGCGUUGUCCACCGCACCGGCGCGACUUCUGACGUCACACAGGCGCCGGAAACAAGUCGUGGAAAGCCAUGAUGACAGACUCAUCACUCCUCAACUCUGAGCUGGAGCUCCAGCAGCAGGAGGAGCUGUAUCAACAGCUGCUGUUACAGACAGUGGGAAAGAUGCAGACUGAAAAUCCGGACUCCAAAGUUAUCCGACCCCAACCAGGCAUGUGUGUGAAAACUCUCUCCGAGCCAAACAAGCAGAAGGUUUUUGUCAACAUCUGCCAGUCGAAUUCUGUACCGCUGCCACCGGAAAUCUCCAAAGAGGAGCUGGUGGAGCUGCUCCAGUCAGAAGAUCCGAGCGGCUACAGAGUUCCCAUGAGCCUCGGCGAGCCGCACACAGAAAUAGACAACAAUUCUCAGGCUUGCACAGCUUAUGAUGUGGUCAUCAACCAGGAGUUCUUCCAGAAGUGCCAGAAGGAUCCCUUGUUCCAGCAGUUCGUUAUACUGGUGUCAUUAGAGGGUUUGGAGAAUAAAUACCACCUGGAGCUGAGUAGAGACUGGAAAGUGCUGAAGAACAGAAAAUUCUUGGGUUCUGUUAGUGAGCAGAAUAUCCGGACAAAGAGCAGACCGGUGAUUCAAGAGCUUCAUCCUGAGGAGAGCUCCACUGCUAAGGCCAAAAGACCAGAGUUCACGUUACUUGUGGAGCCCCCUGCUGGUGACCCGGAGUACCUCAUUGCAGAAAUAAAGUUACCUGGAGUGCCGUCGUCCCGUUCUCUGGUCCUGGACGUUGGAGAGGACCGGCUGCUGCUGACGGCUCGGCCCUCGCUCUUCUUCCUCGACGUCUUCCAUCCGUUUCUCAUCGACCAGGACAACAGCGUGGCGCAGUACAACAACAGCACUCAGAUCCUUACAGUCACUAUGCCUGUGGUGUCUUCAUAAAACUAUGAAAAUGAUGUCCAGUUAUUUAUUUUUUGUUCAAAAAUGAUGCUGUGAUAAUAAAAGUGUUUGUUUUUUUAAAAUAAAGUCACAUUUCUUUCUUUUUUCUUACUCACAUCUUAAACCCCCAUUGGGUUCAAUGUGGACUGAAGCCGGUUCCAAAGACUGUAAAAUAAAAUGUUUUCGUUCAAUAAAAGGUUUAUGGUGCAAAU